AUGCGUGUCACCUUUCGGGGAGCGGCGACUUCGGUCUUGUUGAUUUCAACGGUAAGCGGAGCGAGCCAGGUUCCCUCGCUGGGCUUCUUCGAGCAGACGCUGCUUACCACGGCCGGGGCGGACUUCGACAGCGAGGCCGCCUUUGCGUUUGCGUCCGCCUGGCAGGCCGGGGACAGGCAGGGCAGAAGCUCUCCCUAUCUCUCGUGCGUCGAGCACGGCGAGGGCAGGCACGCCUACAGGAAGCUCGAGGGCUUCCUUGGCGCGCGCGCGGUGAAGCCUGUCUCGUCGACAGCGACUCAUGGCGCGUGCUUCAUGGUGACCGCCUCGCCAGCAGAGGCAGCCCAGCUCUCGUCGUGGGAAGACUUCACUACCUUCGGAGCGUUCCCGGCUGCCCUCAAGAUUGCGCCCGGCCUCCUUGACCACGGCAGCUGCGACGGCCCAGCAGCAGCCCGUGACGCAGCAACAACAACCAGCGAUUGUUCUGCCGGGCGGCUGUCAACGACGCACGGCGCGUCGAUGCAGGUGGACAGCGCCCACGGUCUCAUGGUCGAGCUCUCGCCGGGGACCCUGCCCUCGCACAGCGGUGGUGAUGCCAAGGCUCAUGAAUUCAUCCAAGAGUUGCUAAAGAGCCUGUCUUCGCCCUCGCUGGAUCUUCACGCCAUCACCUGUUGGUCUGAUCUUGUCAUGAAGGGCGGCGAUCACCUGUUCAGCGCGGCGGGGGCCCUCCGCGGGCGUGAGUGGAGCAGGGCGGCCACGCUGGUGAACGAACGGAGCGAGUCGGAGCAGGAGACUCCGAGCCAAGUGUGCGGGUGGGAGCAAGUUGUUGUCCAUCACGCCGCAAACGAUGUGCUGCUCGUAGCUGGCCUGGACCACCUGCUGUACGACGGGCGGGAGGUCAGCGGCGCGAGCGAGGAAGAGGCGGCGGAGCUGCGGAUGGCGUGCUACAUGGGCCUGGUGUCUUUCCUCGCCAGCAGGCACGAGGUGCUGAAGGUCGCCGGGUGGAACAGGAAGGUCAACCUCAAUGCGGCGGCGCGAGCGACCAUCCAGAGCGCCAGUGUCGAUUCGACGCCGCUUACUGACGCCGGUCUGGACGGGUCGGGAGAAGUAAUCCAGAUCAUUGAUGCCGGCGUCAACGAAACCACGUGCUUCCUGGAGCACGGCGACGGCACUGAGGUCGAGCACGGCUACUACUUCGACUUCGUCGCUUCAUCGAAUCCCUUGUUCACUAGCUCCUCGGAGUCACGGUCCAUGUUCAAAGCCGAGUUCACCGGCGGCGAUUUCUCCUACGACAGCGAUAGGCGCAAGGUCAUCCAGUACAUCGAUCUCAUCAACCCGGAUACGGGAGACGGCUCCAGCUCCGGCAUGCCGUUCGUGUCUGCUGACUCGUUCGUAAGCGACGACGACUUAGGCCACGGUACGCACGCCGCCACCACCGUCGCCGGGUCGACGAUUUCCUCCCCCGCCGAGCUGGUGUCGUGCGCCGACGGCAGCGAGGUCAUCGGCUGCGCCGGGGGCUGCAUCACCGAGUCGAGCACCGGCUCCAGCGAGGCGGACUACGGGGAGGACAUCAACCGCCUGUGUCCCGCGUUCGGCUGCUCCGGCGACCAGUGCCUCCCGGACGACACCGCGGACACCCUGUCGGAGCACGGCGGCAUGGCCCAGGGCGCCAAGAUCGCGGCGAUCGAUGUCUUCUACGGGGACUACAGCUACGGCGACCUUGCCGGGAACGGCCUGUGGGAGACCUGUGCGGACGCCGGCUGCAAGAUCCACUCCAACUCGUACGGCGUCGACCUGCGGUGCCAGCUGACCGCGCUGGACGUGCUCUACGAUGAGUACAUGUACGAGAACCAAGAACAUCUGCUGCUUUUCUCCGCCGGGAACACUGGAUGGACCACUGACCGCGACACGUGCACGAUCGAUUCUCCGGGAAUCGCGAAGAACGUUCUCACGGUCGGCUCAACUUCUUCGGGGGUGACGCGGCUGAGCACCACCGACCUAGACGGGAGGGGGUACGCGGACGGUGACGAGCUGAGCACGAUCGACGUCGUAUCCGAGUUCUCGGGCUACGGUUUCACUGAAGACGGACGAAUCAAGCCCGAGGUCGUGGCUCCCGGAGACAUGAUCUACUCUGCCAGCGGGAACGGUGGCGACUCAUCGUGCGAGCUAAUCGCGUAUGCCGGUACUUCGUUUUCGACGGCGGUGGCUUCGGGGGCGGCGGCAAUGGUCCGGCAGUACUUCAGGGACUCAAGCUUCUACAGUGCCGAUGUCGAGAGCAGGGGGUUCUGCGACCAGGGAUUCACGUGCGAUAGCUUCUCACCCAUGGCAACGACAGUGAAGGCGAUGCUGAUCAACAGCGCGAACGUCAUGGGAGGGGGCAACGAGCCCGACACCGAGCGCGGCUUCGGGAGGAUCCACCUCGAGGCCGGGAUGCCUCUCGGCGGGGCCGGCGACAUGGCCCUCUUCGUCGCGGACUCCUCGGACCACGAGGUGUACUCGGAUGAAAAACUCAAGUUCUACUUCAACGUCGAUCCCGACGCUGGGAUGGAGCUCAGGGCCACGCUCUCUUGGAACGACCCCGCGGCGUCGUCCCUGUCCGGCGACCAGCUGGUCAACGACCUUGACCUUCGAGUGUACGCGCCCGACGGGACGAGGUACUGCAUGUGGGACGACAACUGCUGGGACACGAGCAACGUCAACGAGCGCGUCAUCGUCCCCGCGGAGGUCGUGGCCCAGUUCUCCGCCACGGACGAGUGGGAGGUGAGGGUGCGCGGGCGAGACUUCACCGUGGGAGAUACGGUCAGCUUCUCGCUGGUCGUGACGGGAGCCAUCAGCCCGCCUAUCGAAGGAAACUCCGCCGUGGUGGCGGCGGCGGUGGGGGACGAUUCGAGCGCUGCCGACGAUGACGCGACGGGGGCGGCGGUGACCAUGUACGGCCGCGGCGCCGGCGCCGGCAGCGGCUUCGUGCUCGCUGGUGUAGCGAUGCUCGCCGCCGCCUUAGCCGCUGCGGUCUGAAAGUGUUUUCGGCGCUUUUGUAACAUGUGGGGGGGUGUCGGUCCUGGCUGGCUGGGGCCACAUGCAUGGGUAGGGGGGUUCGCCAAUUUUACCCCGAAUGUUUCCUGAUGAGGAAAGGAGAUCACCGGGCUGGCUGGGCAUGCGCAGAGGGAGGGGGGGGGGUGGGGGGUCACCAGUCUAGGCAACCCCGCAGGUCUGAUGAUGACGAAUGGAGAUCACGGGCUUGUUGCAUCGUUGCCGAUGGAUUUCUAUUCAUUUUGUUCCCUUCAGAAUAAAUAGAUGACGGUAGUCUUGAUACAGCUUGUGAUGCGGACUCAGUUGUCCGUGUGCCCACGUUUAGUUAGCACUAGGAGUGGGAGAAGGACGCCGGGAAAUGAUUUCAAUCCUUGUCAGGUGAUGCGGCUCCGGCCUCCUUUGCGCUCGUGGUUGUGCUGAUGGCACUUCAUCACGUUGGCGCGCGAUGCGGCACGCACGGCGACCGUCCGCGUUUCGUCCCGAUGCCCUCUUCGACGGGAGUCAUUUUUUAUACCUUGGUACAGUAAUAGCGUCGUCAAUGAGCAAAAAGGAUUUGUGUUUUAUGUGUACAGGGCUAUUUUCUCACGCUGGCGGGAAUAAAAUUGUAUCCCGGAGAUGAACGCUCUUCCCCUUUCUUCGUAAGUGGCCCAAGAGUACGCCUCCUUGAAGCUUAGUUUGGUUUGUGUCCUCCGGAAAUGUGUAUGUGUAUGAGUAUUUUUACUUUUUGGGCGAGCUGCGGCAGGGUUUUCCUUCUACUCGGGGGCUUUUGCCCUAACCUGGUUUUCUCUUGUCUGGAAUCUGUACUCACUUGCUGUGAUGCAUA